CCAAUCAAAUAUUACGGUCAAUGUGAUUGAGCUUAAGUAUUAUGUAAAUCUGCAAUGGUUAUUCUGUAGAACUCAAUUGCCAAGUUUUACUCCGCCAUUUUUACAAACGACGCCAUGAACCCAGCGGGCGUACGCGGAAAAGGACAAAAAAUUGUCAGAAGAAAAAACAAUCGUGCAGGUGCACUCCAGCCUAUCCAAGGACAAAAUAUGGAGGCACCGAGGACAUAUGCUCAUGCCCUAGCGACUGUCGUUCCACCAAAAUCUCAAACACAGACACGCAGUAGUACUCGACGUUCUGCAAAUGCCAACAUUCCUGCAAAUCAUCAAAAUCUUGUCAAUGAAACUCGUACUGCUCCUAGUGUUCCUUCUAAUACUGGAAAUCCUGUUGGUCCUGAAGUAUGUGAAAUACAUGAACAUCUUGCUGCUGGAAAUCGUGCUGCUCCUGGGGUUCCGCCUAAUCCUGGAAAUCCUGUUGGCCUUGGAAUACCUGAAAUACAUGAACAUCCUGCUGCUGGAAAUCGUGCUGCUCCUGGGUCCCGCCUAAUCCUGGAAAUCCUGUUGGCCUUGGAAUACCUGAAAUACAUGAACAUCUGCUACUGGAAAUCGUGCUGCUCCUGGGGUCCCGCCUAA